AUGGCGGAGGUCUCCAGAAGCUUCCGCUCAUCCCUCCUCCCUCAGUUCCCGAGGAACCUGAGGGGGAGUCUUUCUCGCCGGAGCGCCUUCUCGCCGGUGCUGCCUCGACGGAGCUCGGCGCGGUGCUCGCUCUCCACAGCUUCUAGCAGCAGAGCGGGAAUAUCCGAGGGCGGGGCCAUCUCCUGGGGCUGCGAGAUCGAGUCUCUGGAGAAUGCGGAGGAGCUUCAGAGGUGGUUAACGGAGUCGGGACUUCCCCCGCAAAAGAUGGGGAUCGAUCGGGUGGAGGUUGGGGAGAGGGGCCUCGUCGCCCUGAAGAACAUCAGGAAGGGAGAGAAGCUUCUGUUUGUUCCCCCCUCUCUAGUUAUAACGUCCGACUCGGUGAGAAUUUCUUUGCGAUAGUGUCAUAUAGUUUGAUCAAUACUAAUUCAUAAAUUUCCCGUCAGGUUGCGCAUAAACCGGGAGACCGCAGACUAUAGAUAAUGAUACAUAGCACGAAGAGAUGACAUGUUUUAUUUUUAACGUCGAAUACGUGCUAUUCGUGAUGUGGUAUUUGGAAUUUCGCUUGUUCCAACUUGUUCUCGUAUCCAGCUGCACUUACAUUUGUAUGCUUGUGAUGUUGUUUGACUCUAAUCGACUUAAAUCACGAGGUUUGAUAAUGAUUUUAAAUCAUGAAAGGAUCAGUUGAGUCUUAGUUUCAGUCCACUCAUCUACUAAGCGCUGGGAUUACCUGAUUCUUAUCAACAGACUUAAUGGAAAAGGUGAUAGUAUUUGGCAAAGUUAGUCAGUACUAUUCGCAGUCGAAAACAAACAAAUCAUAUUAGAAAUCCGUAUUGUACAUAGGUAAAAACUGGAGUUUUUUUCUUUAAGUAAGAGCAAGAUUAAGACAUGGAUGUGGCAGAGGGUCUGACAAGAGUACUGAGUCAUCGGAAGAAAAUUUAAAACGCUGUCUUGAUUCUUAGACAUGGUGAGACAACCAAUAUUGUGCAGCGAUUCCAUUUCUUGGCACAUAUUCUCGUUUAGUAAUCGUGUCUUCACAUUACCUAACUUGGUUAUGUUUUUCCUUUUUCCGUGUGAGGUUCGAGAAAAAGGCUAUGUUGGCCUAUUUUCUGUUUUAGUUAUGUGUUUGUGAUCUAGAAUGGAAGUCCUAAGUUAUGGAACGUAAAAUGCGCAUUCAUAAUGUAAAAAAAGAGCAUACAAUUCAAAGAGCCAUUUGUUUGACAUAUUCCUUAAAGGACCUCGUUGGACCCCUUUUUCCAUGCUCAUACAUCAUCAUUUAUGAAGUUUUGGGUGGCAGGAGUGGAGCAGUAAAGAAGCAGGCGAUGUGCUGAGGAAAUACCCUGUGCCAGAUUGGCCAUAUCUUGCAACAUACCUUAUUAGUGAAGCAAGUGUAAUGGGUUCUUCGAGAUGGAGCAGAUACAUUUCGGCCUUGCCUCGCCAGCCAUAUUCUCUUCUGUAUUGGUACGAUUCUGUCGUUUUAUUCUAAAUCAAUUCGUCGAGUUGUAUAGAGUCCACAUUGGCCACGGUGAACACUAGACGUUUUGUGGUUACCACUACUUGGGAGUCUACUCUCAGAUUCUUUUCUCUACAGCAUCUACAUGUAAUUACAGGACACGUUCAGAACUGGACACCUUUUUGGUAGCUUCACCAAUAAGGGAACGGGCUAUUGAACGGAUUAAUGAUGUCAUUGGAACGUACGUGUCUUUAUCCAUUGCUUAUCCUAAAUUCCAUUCUCUUUAAUUCACAGUUUUGUUUAUAUAGUUUUUUUUGGUGGGGUUCCUGCUGGCUCUACCUAGUUAUGAUGCCUAAUUCCCACUUUCACAACUGAAAAUUCUUUUGCAGAUAUAAUGAUUUAAGGGAUCGGAUAUUUUCCAAGUAUCCGAAUUUAUUUCCUGAAGAGGUACCUUUUUUAUUCCAUGAAUAAUUUUUCGUGCGUUAGUUUUUUUGUUCCAAUUUUAAUAGCAGUUUAGAUCAUGAAGCUCAAAACUUGGCUUCAGAUAUUCACGAUCUGCUCAGUCACGGCCAUUAUAUACUUUGCAUAUCAUGUAGAGCUUUUCAUUAACUCGCUUUCCAUGACUCAAUUAGUUAGAUUAAUCAUCUUCCCGCAGUGAAGUUUGUUUUUAUGCCUUUUUUUCAGGUAUUUAACAUCGAGACAUUUCUGUGGUCCUUUGGAAUUCUCUUCUCACGUUUAGUAAGUAACCUAUCAACUCUUUGACAUUGUCUGUUUUGAAUAUAUCUGAUCUGUUGUUCUUAUAUGUUUCUGUUUUGGCUGGCAAAGUUUGUUCAGGAUUUACUGGAUAGAUUUUCGCUUGGUUUCUUCUUCAGUAUUCCUAUCCUAUGUGCACAUCUAGUACUUAUGGGGUUCUGAUAUUUUUUUGAUGAAACUAUUUUUUUCUGAUAAUUUAAAUUUUGUAAAGAGAGAUGUCUGAAAUAUUGAAAUGAGGUAGAGCUGAGUAAGUCUAAGUCACAACAGGGUCAAUGAGAUUUGACUUUAUUUUUUUCACUUUCCAAGUUCUGAUGCAAUCCUGUGUCAGCCAACCUUUGGUUCGUUGUAAUUGUCACUUAAAGUGUAACUGCAACUAGUAGGCGUUCUUAUAUCUAAAAAUAACUUUUAUUGCCUGUAUUGAUAAGAAAACAAAAUUCGUAAGGAUGAUGAUCAUGUAACUGUAGCCAGUUUUCUUGCUUUUAAGCUUAGUUGGGGCUGUCAAGUGGUAUAAGCAGCCUUUGCAGAUGUGAACCUGGGUCUGAUAUUCCUUACAGGUCCGGUUGCCUUCAAUGGACGGAAAACUUGCUUUGGUCCCUUGGGCAGACAUGCUUAAUCACAGCUCUGAGGUAUGCUUGUUUAUCAUAUUUCGUGGUGAGAAUGCUAAUUCGAAAAAUGGUUGAUUACAAAGAACUUGUUACCUGUACGGAGUGAGGUUUAUAUCUCCCUAAGAAACAGUUUUAACUGGCAAUGAAUAUACUGAACCAUCUAUAACUGUUAAACUACUCUGCCUUAGUGUGUCAUAUGAUGGUUUAGUGACUCACGUGACUGUCUUAGUGUCUUUUUUCCUUCUUAGUGUGUGUAAGGCUCAUAUGUCCAGAUCCUUCCACGAGGGGUCUGAUAUAAAUACCAGACCUCUGUUGUGAAUUGAAGUAACAGAAUCUUUCCCUCAUUUUGAAUAAAAGUUCCUUUCCCUCUCUCUACACGAGAAGGUUUUUCCCUCGAGGAUCCAGAGGAAUUGAAGGAGAUUAGACAGUUAACAAAAGAGAGGAGGAUGCCCAAGUGUUUUUAAGGAUAUUUUCUGUCACGAGAACAUCCCACUUCAUGAGAUCCACGGUCUCAAGUAUUGAACACCCUCAUGCUGAACUAUCCAACCCACUCGAGGUGUAUCGUGGUGAAACCUUUGCUGCAUUUACCUCUCCUUCUUCAAUACUCCUCAGCAAAUCAUAUCCUUGGAAGAAGUGACUCACUAAUCUCGGAUAGUUUCCUUGAGAAACACCAUUUCAUGCAUCUUUUGCUUAACAGGAACGAUUUCCACACGUUCCAAGGCCAUGAUCACAUGAAUAGUAGGUUACAUUGACCUGAGUAUCGUUUUCAGAGGACCCUAUACAGGUCGGCAAAAUAAGCUUGCCCAUGCUCCAUUGUGGACAUUGGUCUUGGCCGAUAUACUUGUAUAGGGUGUCUCUCAUCCCACCCCUCCACCAAAUUGGAAUUGUUUUUAGCCAAGAUGUGUAGGUUUCACAAACCAUGGAUACAUGUGGGGCAUGAUAUUGAUCUUUCCACCGGUCAUCUUACCAUUGCGUAGCUUGUUGGUGAUCGCUGAUAGCUGCUCAUCUGCUCUUUUGCAUUAAGUAGGAGAAGAUUCUACUUUUUUUACCUGUGGAUUUCACCUGCCAAGAGAAUGUCAUUGCCACCCUGCAGUGGUCCUGCCCGCCAACAUUUUAGUUCCCACCCCCCUCAUUGCCACCCUUAAGCAUGUAGAAAGGGAAAGAUCCGUGGAGGCAAGCAACUGUACCUUAGAUGAAUUGAAAAUAGCCUUAUCAUAUGCCCAGCGCUAACGAAAAUGGUGUUAAGGUGUAUGAAUCUUUUGUAUUGCAUAUUACAUGGGCAAGACUCUACCAAUGAGAGUGAUUCACAUUUCUCCCCAAGUCGUUACCAUGGCUCUCACGGUCUAUAUACGUCCUUGAUCCACACGGAUUUUAGUUACACCCUUGAAUCAAAUCUAAUUUUGACGCCAGAUGAUAGGGUUCUUCAUUCAUCACCAAAGAGGAGUGGUUUGAACUCCCCGCUUCUCUAAUUACAGAUUUCGUGGAACCAUCUCCUCCUUGUAUCUUGAAAAAAUAUUAUCUGUGAAGACAUUUUGUAUUCUUCCCAUCUCCAAAACAUCAGAUAACUGUAGCUCUCCUUUCAAAGAUUUAUAUUAUUUUACAUUCUUUGUUAAGUGAGCUUUUUAUAAAUUAUUCCUUUACCUGGAUUUCCAGGUAGAGGCAUUUCUGGAUUAUGACAAAUCAUCUCAGGGCAUUGUUUUUACUACGGACAGGGCGUAUCAACCAGGUGAGCAGGUAAUGUCAAGUCUGUCUUUUUAAUACAACUUUUUAUAUGGUUACAUGUAGACGUAUAGUAUCUAUGCUCACUGGGUUUUUCAUUGCACCUUGUACAGGUUUUUAUAUCUUAUGGUAAAAGAUCUAAUGGGGAACUCCUGCUGUCCUACGGCUUUGUUCCAAAGGAGGGUAGCAAUCCGAAUGAUUCAGUUGAUUUACUGGUGUCGCUCAACAAGUCUGACAAGUGCUAUAAAGAAAAACUUGAAGCCUUAAAGAAGCAUGGCUUGUCAACGUAAGUCACGACUUUGUCUUAGGCGAUUUUAAUGGUAUAGCUUAAAAAAUAAUCUCUCCAGCUGACUCGCUUGAGUAGCCCUCAUUCCCUUCUAUUAUAUAUGUGAAAACUAGGGAAUCCUUGUGCUUUUUUUGAUCAGAAAUGGCCGUUGGAGACACUGUAUCCUUACAAUGCCCUCCUCCUUCUUUCAGCUAGGAGACUAUUUUUCUCAAAACUCUCUCUCUUGCCAUGCUCCCAUUUUGAUUUUUUUUUUUUUCUAUUUCUUGUUAAGACUCUAAAUUUUAUAUUGCAGCUAGUAGUAAGUAAAUAUUCCUGAAAUGUGGCUUUAUAUGCUUCUUAUCCCCCUCUUUCCCCUUGCUUUAGCUACUGAUGGAUCAUUGAUGAAUAGGCCCCAACGAUUUCCACUACAAGUCACUGGCUGGCCGUCGGAGCUCAUGGCAUACGCCUACCUGGCCGUCAGCCCUCCAAGCAUGGGUCGCCAAUUCGAAGAGGUUUCUCAUCUCACCAUCCACUGCAUCUUUUUUUUUAUUUUUUAUCUAUUGAAUGAUCUAUCGAUACAUUUCUUGAUAUUAUGGAGUUGGUAGCCUCCGUAGAUCUAAGAGAUCGUCAUUUUCAUAGUUUCCUCCUUAAACAUGUGGUGUAAUCAUUUCGUCCAUAAACAGUAAUCAUUCUGAUAUAAGCUAUGGCGGUUCCUCAAGAAUGAGGCUGUCUGUUUUAGAUUCAAUGCCAAAUCAGACAAACAUCUGCUGGUUCUCUGAUCCUAAAAUGCGUGCCUCUGGUGGCUGUUUUUUCCCCUCAAGCUAGUGCUCCACAGUUCCAUGUUCCUCCCUGGUUGGUAAGAAUCACUAGAGGCAGGUCCAAGAAUAAUAAAAAUAAAAAUAAAAAUCAUAUUAUCCGGCCUUUUUUCUGAUAAUCAUCUUUGUCACCGUCUCCACAGAUUAACACUCUGCGUUAGAAAAUGUAUAAUGUUCAUAGUGAAAUCCUCCAUCUAGAGAGAGAGCACUGGCAUCUUUCUCCUUUCCAUCUCAUCGGAUUCACAUGUUGCACUCCAGAUGGCUGCCGCUGCUGCAUCUGGCGAGAGCAGCUUCAAGAAGGGAAUCAGUUACCAGGAGCUGGAGGAAUCCGUGCUCCAGUUCAUCUUAGAUAGCUGCGAAUCGAGCAUCUCCAAGUACAACAAGUUCUUACAGGUAUGAUAGGUUUUCUUUUAUUCGCAUCAAUUUAAUUUUUUUUCUACUAUUCCUGAUUAAGAAAUGUUGCUUAAUAAGGCUUUUAAUCAGACAAGAAACUGUUAAUAGAUAUAAUUUAGUUGUUUUACUAAAUCUCCUUCCCUGUAUGUAAUAUCGGAUGGAGAAAAUCUCCUCCUCAGUUGGUUACUAAAUCAUGAUUCCCAUAUAAUAACGCUAAACCCUACAGCGACCCAUCGUUGAUUCUUUCUAUCCACAAUUCCUCUUUCAUCUUUAUUCUGGCUUUUUUUUUUUUCCUCUUUUCAUGGCAAAGCGUUCUCAUAGCAUCAAUCUUUCCCAAAACUGCAGGGAGGCGGUUCCGUUGACUCUCCCCCUGCUUCCCCCGGGCAAGUCAACCGGAAACUGUUGCUGAAGCAGCUAGCCUCGGACCUGUGCACCAGCGAGCAGAGGAUCCUGUUUCGCACCCAAUACGUAGGUUCCCCAAACUUUUUCCCACAUAUUAAUCAUAUAUUAAAUUAUUUUACUUUAUUCUGAAUCAUGAUGAACUUGUUAGGGCUCAAAAAUUAGAAUAAUUUCGCUUUUAUAGUAAAUUCUGUGGACAUUCUGCAGAUCCUCAGGAGGCGUUUGAGGGACAUGAGAACGGGCGGGUUGAGGGCGCUGGGAUUGUUCAACGGAAUCAGGAAUAUCUUCAAAUAG